AUGGCUAUUCUCCCUAGUGAUCGUGAUCAGACAACAGCUCCGUCUAUAUUAUGCAACACCAGCAGCGGGCAACCUACGUUCAGUGUUCCAGAACUCUUGCAUACAUUUGAUGCCUUGAUUGGCCAGAGCCGCAACGAGAUUGAUGAGUACCUUUCUCGCCAUCCAAAGCUGGCAUCAAACAUCCGAUCUCUCCAGUCGAUAUCUGCCGCUGAAAUAUCCAAUGAUAUACCCACACCGCCGCCAGAGAACCCCCAGCAAGAGAACCCGCCGCUGGAUGAGGUAGGUGCCACCGAUCGUGGGGCUUGUGUUAAGGACAAUGCGAGCCUGAAAACAAAGAUCGAGGCCCUGUCUGGUCGCUCUGAAUACAGGAAGCUUCGACCCCGUCCCUCCGAGACACCACACCCAUCAGUUCCAGGCCCCGUAAGCCACGAUGACUCUUGUAAGCCCCUCCGGAAGAAAGGAGACGGCAAUGCAGAAGUCGGCCAGGAAAAGACAAAACGUAGCUGCUCCCAACAUUCAGAUGGACUGAAGCGCGACUACAUAUUAGCCAAAGCUGCCGCUGACGUAGUUGCCAACGAACUCACGGCGCCGGAUACAUUGAUAGAACUCCGAGAAGUCAUACUUCAAGAAAGGAACCGUAUGUCCUUUAAUGCCCAAGAGCCAUUAAGCGCAUUUACAAAAGGUAAGACAGCAAGUGAAGGAGAGAUUGCUGAACAGCUCGAAUGCCUCCAUACUCAUUUUGAGAAACUUCGACAAAAUGAGCACAUCAAGACUAUUGCCGACAGAUAUCACUCUGCAUUAAUUGUACAGCUUUACGAUCAUUACAAUAAGCCAAAAAGGACGAAGUAUUCUUUGGGCGUUAUAUUUACCAAAAUCUUAUUGAAGGAUUGGGUCCGUAAAAAAUUGAAGAAUACGACAGAACGAACUAGAAGGAAGAAAAUGCAAACAAAAUGGAAGGCAGAAGUUCAAAUGCAUAGAAUUUGGCUUGACUUCAAUGACGAGUUUGGGUGCGGGGCUCUAUCCCUCAUACCUAAACAAUUCAGGAACACACACGGCCUCAGGCUUAAUCGCCCUGAUGAGCAGGAGCUGUUAUUAAGGAUUAAAGCACAACAUCCAUACUUGAAGAAAGAUAUCGAGGACCUCUCCUUUCUCAUGUGGCAUUUGCUUACUUAUGGUGUAUUGCCACCACAAAAGCUUCUAUUGGAGACACUUAAUGAGCUUGAGAUCAGGGAAAUGAGCCAAAAGAACUAUCGGGAGCUCCUAACCUUUGUCGACUUCCCCGUACCUGCAGAUGUGAAUGGCGCCUUGGAGUGGCCGAAUCGUCCGCAUGACAAUGACUUCUUCAGCGAAGACCCCGCCAUGCUACCUCAAACUGCAGAACAAAAUGCUGCCGAGCAACAGUCGGCUGUAGCGGGCUCAGGCUCAAUGAGACAGUUUGACGACCUUAUGGAAGAGUGCAUUGAUCCGGCUGUGCUAGGGCCAAAUGCUGCUACUCCUUAUGACGGAGCCAAGAUGUAA